UUAGUUCCCAGAUGCCGCCAAGUAAAGCUGUCAGUUUCCGGUUGGGAGUGUGCACGUGUUCGACGAUACACUGAAGAUUUUGGAUCGUUCCACCAGAACCAUUCGCGGUUCUUACCAUACUGUUUAGCCUGAUCCACUAAUACUGCGUGUCGUCCGAGGCGGUGGACGCGUGUCGCGGUGACCGGAAGAGGACACACGUCUUCGCCCAUGCUAGCCAGCAGAGCAGCUAGCGUUAGCCGAGCAACGCGUUCAGACCCGGCGAGGGAAAGAAUCACGACACGCAACAUCUUUUGGGAGCCGGACAAUGAUGUAACGCCUUAGAAUGGCAAAGGAAACGGAUUCCCGGUUCCCACGGCAGCUUUUCCCGUCGCAUUACACGGAGGAGCCGCCGGACUUGGUGCUGAAACACUGCGCAGGUAACUGGGGCAGUUAUGAGCGAGUCCUCCCUCAGGGCAGCUCGGGUCCUCUGUCCAGCUGGACGUUUACACCCAGACAUCAGGCCAAAGGGGACACAUGGCGUCUCACGGAGCCGGUACCAGUUCCCCUUCUGUCCCCUAAACACCGUUUUCUUUUGCCUUUGAAGCCUCCAAAUCCACUGGACUUCACAGAACACAUGAAGAACUACUUCUUGGACCACUGCCAGGACGCCUUCGGGUUCAUGGGGGAAAUUCUGAGCGAGAACUUCAUCCAACCACCACGUGAGAAAUACAGCAGGAAGUCGGUCUACGAAGUGAGAAGCGCCCUCGACGUGAAGAGAAUCACAAUGUGUCCGCGCUCCUCCAGCUUCAAGUCCCUGGACGCACAUGGCGCCCUGCUGUACGACGUGGUGUCCGCCGUGCCCGCCGAGCUGCUGGGCUCGCUGCUGCACGAGGAGCUGAAGGAGCAGCGGGACCGCGCGCUCUUCUCCGAGGGGGCCACGGGGGGCGCCCUGGCCUUCGUUCCCUUCCCGCAGGGCGGCAGCGAGCCCCGGAGCGGCUGCCUCCUCUACCCGGGCGGCCCGGGCCUGCAGCGCCUCAACUUCCACAGGGUGGCGCUGCAGGACGGCAGUGGGGGUUCCUCCCGUGUGGACGCCAGCGGCAGCGAGCCCUUCUGCUUCCAGCUGAAGGGCCCCGUCCGGCAGAUCAGCUGCGCCUCCCAGUUCAGCGACUGUUGCGUCGCCGUGCGCUCCGAUCGCCUGUGUGGAGUCUGGAGGUUCGGUGAGCAGGACGUGCCUCGCCUUCUGCAGGUCGUCACCCCCAGAGAGGUCAGGCCUGAAAAAAGUGAGGUCCUGGUGGCGAGGGAGAGCGGGGCGGUGGACCUCUGGAGCGUGGGCAGAGGGUGA